CUACUCUCUCUCCUACUCUCUCUCCUACUCUCUCUCCUGCUUCUUUCCCACCACACACCUCUCUAACUCCACAAUGGGCCUCCUCUCCGCCGUCAAAUCAUCCAUCAAAGCAACAAUCAGCUCCGACCCAAAACCAGAAGAAAUCCUCCCCGUCGUCCCCUCCGACGGCUGCGACCUCGAGUGCGCAACCUGCACCGCGAAAUACUCCUCCUCCCUCAAAUUCGACCGCGACACCCCGCUCUGGGGCUCCGUCAAGCCAUGGCGCAGGCACAUCCUUAUCGCGACCGGCAAAUCUGACUGGGCUCACGGCUUAGGUGACGAGACUGGCUCGCUCUCAACCAAGCUCGAGGACUGGUCUCCGAGCUCGAAAGAGGUCGGUCGCGUUAUCGUCUCAAACUCAUCGAUGAGCGCGCCCCAGGGUUACUUUGAGGAAACCGACGACAGCAAACGACUAUCCAACCUCCUCAUCCUCCCCACCAUGUACGAAGCCCGUGGCGUCUCCCUCAGCACCGCACAAGCCGUCGCAAACCGUCUCUGCGACAUCCCAAACAACUCCUCCGAUUUCCCUUCCGAAGCCGAAGGCGCAACCCUCGUGCACAGAGGAUACAAAGCAGUCAUCCUGCUCUGCUCCCACCGCACGCGCGACAAACGAUGCGGCGUCACCGCUCCUAUUCUCAAGAAAGAGCUCGAGCUCCAUCUGCGCGAACAUGGCCUGCUUAGAGACGCAAACGACGAACGGCCGGGGGGUGUCGCUGUCUUUUAUGUCUCUCAUGUCGGAGGCCAUAAGUUUGCUGGUAAUGUGAUUGUAUACAGAGACUCUGGUGAGGGUGUCUGGAUGGGACUUGUUGAGCCGAAACACUGCAAAGCCAUAGUCGAAGAGACAAUCAUCAACGGCCGCGUAUAUCCCCAACUCUUGAGAGGUGCAUUCAAAUCAGACUGGUAGACUUUAUAUCUUUCCUAGACUCUUUUUAGCUAUACAACACU